GCAUGGUGUGGCAUGUUCCCAAGAAUCAUCCAGCCUUUUCGGUUACUCUCAUCUCUCCCUCACGAUACAUACAUGGAUACAUACAACUCCAUUUUUCUUAUUUCUUAAAGCUUUCCAGUUUUAAGUGGGUCCCUCUCCUCAUGUGCUCUCUUUCUUCUCCCAAAGCUCUCUGCUCUUUUCUGUUCAAUUCCCUUUCUUCUUCCUCCUUUGAGUUCUUUCCUUCAAUGUACCUCUAAAAUCUUGAAUAUCUGCUCUCUUUUCUGCCUAAAAAACCUCCCUUUUCCUAGAUGAAGAUGCGUUUUGGGGUAAAGAUUUCAGCUUUACUGUUAUUGUGGGUUUUUCCCAGUGUUUUUCUGUACGCAGAGUCUCAAGCGGAUGAUGAUGAUGCUUCUGUGAUGCUGGCUCUCAAGAAGAGCUUGAACCCACCAUCGGAGCUGGGGUGGUCCGACCCGGAUCCAUGCAAGUGGGACCAUGUGGGUUGCCAGGACAAGCGGGUUAUCCGGAUCCAAAUUGGGCACCAGGGCCUUCAAGGUACUCUUUCUUCAGAGCUCUCUAAACUCACUCAGCUUGAGCGAUUAGAGCUCCAAUGGAACAAUAUUUCUGGGCCAUUGCCUAGCUUGAGUGGUUUGGGCUCAUUGCAAGUGUUAAUGCUUAGUAACAAUCAGUUCACUUCAGUUCCUGCUGAUUUCUUUGCUGGCAUGUCUUCUUUACAAUCUGUUGAGAUUGAUAAUAACCCCUUUGCUGCCUGGGAAAUCCCUGAGGAUCUUAGAAAUGCUUCAGCCCUGCAGAAUUUCUCUGCAAAUUCUGCAAAUAUAAAGGGGAAAAUUCCAGGGUUUUUGGACUCUGAUGGCUUUCCUGGGCUGAUAAACUUACAUUUAGCCCUCAAUAGCUUGGAAGGUGAGUUGCCAUUGGGGUUUUCUAGUUUGCCCAUUGAGUCUUUGUGGUUGAAUGGGCAGAAACUUAGUGGAACCAUUGAUGUUUUACAGAACAUGACAUUCUUGGAGGAGGUUUGGCUUCAUUCCAAUGGGUUUACUGGUCCAUUGCCCAAUCUUUCUGGGUUGAAGGCUUUGGAGGUAUUGAGUCUUAGAGAUAAUUCUUUCGUAGGGCCGGUGCCAUCGUCCUUGGUGAAUCUCGAGUCCUUGAAAGUUGUUAAUUUCAGCAAUAAUUUGCUUCAAGGACCAAUGCCAAAGUUCAAAGACUCGGUUUCUGUUGAUAUGGUGAAGGAUACAAACAGUUUUUGUUUGCCACAGCCCGGCGAUUGUGACCCUAGAAUAAAUACAUUGCUUUCGAUUGCGGAAUCAAUGGAUUAUCCAGCAAAGUUUGCGGGGAAUUGGAAGGGGAACAAUCCCUGUGCAGAUUGGUUUGGGAUCACUUGCAACAAUGGGAAUAUCACCAUUAUUAACUUUCAGAAUAUGAUGCUUACCGGUUCAAUUUCUCCAGAAUUUGCUUCGCUUAAAUCACUGCAAAGAUUAGUCCUUGCUGAUAAUAAUCUCACGGGGGUGAUUCCGGAGGAGCUCACUACCAUGACGAGUCUAACUGAAUUGGAUGUUUCCAACAACCAGCUUUAUGGGAAAGUGCCCGUUUUUAAGAAGAAUGUGAUGUUAAAGACGAAUGGGAACCCCGAUAUUGGGAAGGAUAAGAGUGAGGUAUCUUCCCCGGGGAAAACUUCUCCGGGCACUUCUGGUUCACCUAAUUCUGAUGAGGGUAAAAAUUUACGAAAUGGUAAUAAGAAAUCUAAGAGCUGGAUUGGAAUAGUGGUAUUUUCUGUUAUUGGUGGUGUCUUUGUGCUCUGUUUGAUCGGAUUAGUGGCUUUCUGUCUGUACAAGGGCAAACAAAAGCGUUUCAGCAGAGUGCAGAGUCCGAAUGCGAUGGUGAUUCAUCCUCGCCGUUCGGGGGGUUCUGAUAACGACAGUGUGAAGAUCACAGUUGCGGGGUCCAGUGUUAGUGUAGGUGCAGCGAGUGAAACCCACACUGUUUCCACCAGUGAAACGAGUGAUAUUCAAAUGGUCGAGGCCGGGAAUAUGGUAAUUUCGAUUCAAGUCUUGAAGAGUGUCACAAACAACUUUAGUGAAGAGAACAUAUUAGGGCAAGGAGGAUUCGGGACCGUCUACAAAGGAGAAUUACACGAUGGAACAAAGAUUGCUGUGAAGAGAAUGGAGUCUGGAGUUAUCGCCGGGAAGGGGCUAGCCGAGUUCAAAUCCGAGAUUGCUGUUUUGACGAAAGUUAGGCAUCGGCACCUUGUUGCUCUACUUGGUUACUGUCUCGACGGGAAUGAGAAACUUCUCGUGUUCGAGUACAUGCCCCAAGGGACAUUAAGCAAACAUGUUUUCAACUGGGCCGAGGAAGGCGUGAAGCCCCUCGGGUGGACCAGAAGAUUGACAAUUGCUUUAGAUGUUGCACGAGGAGUAGAGUAUCUCCAUACUUUGGCACACCAAAGCUUCAUUCAUAGAGAUCUAAAGCCCUCCAACAUUCUUCUAGGAGAUGAUAUGAGGGCUAAGGUAGCGGAUUUUGGACUUGUUCGACUUGCCCCUGAAGGGAAAGGCUCAAUCGAGACGAGGAUUGCUGGAACAUUUGGAUAUUUGGCACCCGAAUAUGCAGUAACUGGGAGAGUAACUACAAAGGUGGAUGUAUUUAGUUUCGGUGUCAUCUUGAUGGAACUGAUCACGGGCAGAAAGGCUCUCGACGAGAGCCAACCCGAGGAGAGCAUGCAUCUCGUAACAUGGUUCCGAAGAAUGCACCUAAACAAGGACACCUUCCAUAAGGCAAUUGACCCGACCAUUGACCUCAACGAGGAAACCCUAGCUAGCAUCAGCACCGUAGCUGAGCUUGCUGGCCACUGCUGUGCGAGGGAGCCAUAUCAAAGGCCCGACAUGGGACACGUGGUCAACGUCCUUUCUUCUUUGGUCGAGCUUUGGAGGCCCUCGGAGCAGAGCUCAUCAGACGAUAUUUAUGGCACUGACCUAGACAUGUCUCUGCCACAGGCACUUAAGAAAUGGCAGGCAUAUGAAGGUACAAGCCAGCUCGAUUCCUCGUCUUCUUCUUCGUAUCUUCCUAGCUUGGACAACACCCAAACGAGCAUACCUACCCGACCAUAUGGAUUCGCCGAUUCAUUCACAUCUUCAGAUGGCAGGUGAGGGAGAAAUUAAUAGUUACAUUAUGUGUUUCGCUGUUCAUUCUAUCGAUCUCGCGUGAUUAUGUAAUCUCAUCUGUCUCUUGUAUUUCCUUCCCUGUAUACAUUUUUGGUCACUUAACUUUAAUGUUCCAUUAGUGCAGCCUGGUAUCUGGACAUGAUUAACUCAUUCAUGGAGUUUUGUUAAUUAAUGUUGUGCAAAAAAUUUCUCUA